CGCUGGCCAAAGAAGUGGCCAUGGAGGCAGAGAUGCUGGUGGAUGGAUUGAAUGGUCAGCCAGGUGCACCAGAGACGACGCUUCUGGUUCUGGAUCCAUCACAGAGUUUCUGUGCCACCUGGCAAAGUUUCGUGCAAACGUCCUGGACGCUACAACAGGAGGCCAUCCAUGCUCCAGGUUUCGCGGAGCUGCUGCAAAUUGUCCUCUUCCAUCCAGCUGCUGUCCACAGCGUCUAUGCCGAGGGUCCACCGGACCCAGCCGAUUUCACAAUCCGUGCACCGUUCCCAACGGUGCAUUUGCUGAGAGAAGCCGAUGUGAUGAAAGCCGUCACCAGCUACCCAGACACUGCGCAAAUCCCGGCGCGGAACAAGGCCAAGCUCCGCAGCAGGGGCUUGGCCUUUUGCGAAGAACGCUGGAGCGUGGCCUUCUACCGCCAUGGCCACGGGAGAAUGAAAAACACUGUGUCAGCCAUCGACACGAUCUUUGCGUGUCUCUUCUUGGGCCUUUUGCGUUUGGCCACUGGCAUUUCUGAUCGCCCCAUGUGGGAGAAGUUGCGAUGGGCUAUUCCACCCGGAGUCUUCGUGUUUCUGGUGAUCACCCUUUCCACCUGGGCGAACUUCCUCAGCUACCAGAGCUUCGCGCUCUCCGCCCCCAGCGAGCUGAUCUUCGUCUGGAUCUUCGCGCGGCUGCUGCAGCCGCAGGAGCGCCGGCGGCCGUGCUACCCGGACCUGCCGCCGGUUGUGGCCACCACGCUGGGCACUGUCCUGCUGAGCCUCGCUGAGAUCUCCGGAGACGGUCACGGCGCUCACGGCGUCGAGGCCUUGGGGGCGGCGUUGCUGUGCCGCGCAGCGUCGGCGCUGAUGAUGGUGUCCUUAAGGAGUUCCUGUGUGGUGUUGGAGGGUGUGUCCAAGAAGGACACGGUGAGUGUGGUUGAAAUCGCCUACUGGAAGAUGUUGGUAACCUCCUGCCUCUGCCUUCCAUAUGCUUUCCUCACUGAAGGCUUAAGUCCCUGGAGAUCCAUGGGCUCCACAGCCUUUUGGGCGGAUCAGAGCUCGGCCCUGCUGCUCUCCGGUAGUGUGCUGAUCACCAUGGGAUUCCAAUGGUCCACCGUGGGGCUGAACCGAUCCUUUCGCAGUCCCUUGUGUGCUUUGCUGGAAAGCACCUUGAAGCCCUUGACGGCUUGUGCCCUGGUUUUGGUCUUGGCAGACUCGCCGUACCAGAAGAUCUUGGGGCUGAAACAGCCGAAGAAUGCCACAGACAUCGUUGGCUUGUGCUGUCUGCUUCUGGGUUUACUUCUCAACCUCUUGACAUGCAAGUCAGUCAAAGAUGCCCCUGGGGAACGUCCCCUGACCCCAUUGGAUUUCAUGGACGAUGCAAUGGAAGAUGACGAUCUGGCUGCAGCCAUGGCCAUGUCGAUGGAGGUGGAGGGCCCGGCGGCCAAAGCCGUGCGACAGCUGCGGGAGAAGAACUCCGAAGCACAGCUGGCGGAGGCGAGUUCCAUCCAGGUGAAGAGUCCUUCUGAGGAGAAGUAUCGAAGAGUGAAACUUUCGAACAAGAAAAUCAGUAUGGCCUUGAGCUGUGCUGGUGCAGAAGAGUUAUUGGGAGCUGCAGGUUUUGCGAAGACAGAGGACCAGUUGGAGGUGCCCUCCGACUCCCCGCCGGAAAAGGUGAAGGCAGAUGCUGAAGCCGCUCUGGAGGCCUUGAGCUUCGUGAAGGGUCACAUGGUGCUGUCAGCGCAGUUGCGCGCUGAAGGCGAAGUUCGCUGUGUGACCACACUCGCAUCCGGCGGCCUUGCUUUCGGCAGCAUGGACAACCUGAUCCGCGUCUACGGCGCCCCUGGCUCCGGCGGCUUUUCACAGCCACGGAUCUUGUCGGGACACCAGCGUCGCGCAGGUGUGGACGGCGUUUUGGCGCUGGUGGUGAUGGAAGGUGACCAGCUGGUAUCUGCUGGGCGCGAUGGCCGCAUCAUCGUGUGGAAAGAUGGGGUUGAGGUGGCAGAUCUGAAGGGCCACGGCGAAGGCAUCCAGGGGACCAACGUCCACGUGGUGAGUUCUCUGGCCACCGACGGCCGGUCCUUGAUCUCGGGCGGUUGGGACAAGACGGUCCGUCUUUGGGAGAAUCAGUCCCAGAAAUUCGUGAUGGCUGGCCACGACAUUGCCGUCAAUGCAGUCGCAGGCCUUUCCAACGGUGACAUUGUGUCCGGCAGUGGCGAUCAAAGCAUCGGCAUCUGGCGCAAUGGGCAGAAGGUGAUGACUCUGCAAGCGAAACAGGUGGUUCGCGCCCUUUGCGCCCUGGAUGGAAGUCGGGUGGCCGCCGGCAGCAACGACGGCUUCGUACGCCUCUGGGACGCGUCCGGGAAAAUGCUGGCAGAGCGGCAGGUGGCACAGUCCUACGUCCUGUCCCUGUCCCGGCACGGUCCAGAGCUGGCCGCGGGCUGUUCUGAGGGACAGGUGGUGAUUCUCAGUACGGAAGGCCUGCAGGUGAAGGAGGAGUUGCAAGUUCUUGCGGAGGCCUACGGCCUGAGUUUCUUCCCCAACGGCGACCUGGCCGUGGCCUGCGGCGACGGCAGCUGCACUGUGUGGACGCGCAGCGCACAAAGGGCCGCCGGGAAGGUGGAGCGGCCGUGGGUCGGCUUUCUGGGGGGAUUCUAA